AUGGUUCCCAGAAUAUUUUAUUUCCUUCAGUUUUUCACUAUCUUCACAGUUACUUUUGCUUCCACUGAGGAAGUAACUGCUCUCCUCAAAUGGAAAGCAACUUUUCGAAACCAAAAUAAUUCCUUAUUGGCUUCAUGGACACUAAGUACUGAUGCAUGCAGGGGUUGGUAUGGAGUUAUAUGCUUUAAUGAUCGGAUAAACAGGUUGAAUAUUACAAAUGCUGGUGUCAUUGGUACACUCCAUGAUUUUCCAUUUUCAUCUCUCCCGUUUAUCGAAUAUGUUGAUCUUAGCAUGAACCAGCUCUCUGGUAUCAUCCCCCUUGCAAUAGGAAACCUCACUAAUCUUGUCUAUCUUGACUUGUCGUCUAAUCAGUUUUCGGGGAAAAUCCCACCUCAGAUUGGCUCGCUAUCAAAGGUUAAGACUCUCUUCAUCUUUGACAACCAUUUAAAUGGUUUCAUUCCUAUUGACAUAGGGAACUUAACUGAGCUCGAAACUCUGCAGCUUUAUUCUAACCAACUUUUUGGUCCCAUUCCUAGUGAAUUGGGGAAUCUAAAAAACCUCAAUGAUUUGAAGCUAUCCCGUAAUAAACUUACUGGUUCAAUUCCAAUUACUUUAGGUAACUUAACUGAGCUCAAAAUUUUGUACCUUCAUUCUAACCAACUUUCUGGUCUCAUUCCCAGUGAGUUGGGGAAUCUGAAAAACCUCAAUGAUCUAGAACUAUCCCAUAAUAAUCUUACUGGUUCAAUUCCAAUUACUUUAGGUGACUUAACUGAGCUCAAAAUUUUGUACCUUCAUUCUAACCAACUUUCUGGUCUCAUUCCUAGUGAGUUGGGAAAUCUGAAAAACCUCAUUUUUCUGGAUUUAUGUAAUAGUCAACUUACUAGUUCAAUUCCAAUUACUCUAGGUGACUUAACUGAGCUCAAAAUUUUGUAUCUUUAUUCUAACCAACUUUCUGGUCCCAUUCCUAGAGAGUUGGGGAAUUUGAAAAACCUCAAUGAUUUGGAUCUACAAGAAAAUCAACUUACUGGUCCAAUUCCUGCUUCCUUUGGCAAUUUGAGAAAGUUACAAUUUUUGUAUCUCCGUGCCAACAAACUUUCUGGUUCUAUUCCAAAAGAACUUGCAUAUAUGGAUAACUUGGUAGAGCUGAUACUAAGUGAAAAUCAGUUUUCAGGCCAUUUGCCUGAGCAUCUUUGCCAAGGUGGGAAACUUGAGAACUUCACGGUGGCCAGUAACAAGUUAACAGGACCAAUACCAAGAAACUUGAGCAAUUGCUCCAGUUUUAAAUGGGUCCGCUUUAACAACAACAGUUUCACUGGGAAUUUAUCUUGA